AUGUUGGACCCAGAUAUUUCAAAUGCUUUAGCUGCCAAAUAUAUUGCAGUUCCACUUAUGUUCCCUAUACACCAAAUAUCUGUCAAAGACUUUGCAGGUGAAGUUGGAAACCAAAGUGCUGACCCAGGUGCAAGAACAGAUAUUGCCUUAACAACUGCAAUGAAACAUGCAGAUACUAUGUUUGUUCUUUUCAGACGAACUAUAAAUGACUAUUCUUGUUUCUACAACCCUGGUAUUAAAUAUCAUAUAAACAUAGAUGGCAAAUAUUAUCCAAGAGAAGAAUAUUCUACAGUUGAGGAUAUGAGGUCAUACAACUUGACAUUAGAUGCUAUGAACUUUAACAACAACUUCACAACAACCAUUAACCCUGAAAUGCAAAGUUCUAUUAUGCCAUAUGUGAAAGUAUGGACCCAUACAGGAGGUCAAAAAACUCAAUAUACAAAUGGAGACCGUUCAAACUUUUGGCUUGGCAUUCCAUUUGCUGACUCAGAAGACUUUAUGGGUGGUAUUUCAACUGUUGGUACAGUUCAAAUACAAUAUACUGGUGACAGAGACGGUCCAGAUGAAUUGAAAGCAAAGAAGUUUACAAAACCAAUAGCACUUUUCACGGAAGAUGCUCUUUUGAAAAUUCGUU